AUGGCAACAGAUGACCAUACAGCGGUACCUCAGGCAACAUUCAAUGUCUUCAGCCCUGCGAUGGACAAUCUAUAUGGUGGCACAAGGCCGCCAGCAGACAGGAAUCGUGGAUAUGUCAAGAACAAUCAAUUUCUUCAGUUGUCCGGAGGGUUUUUUGGGUACAUGCCACCUUCCAGCCCAGAGGAAGACCAAUCGCAUCCCACUACGAGCGCUGCCGGUGGGCCUGCGCCCAUAGCCGUCAAUCCGAGUCCGCCAGGCUCAGAGUCGCAUGCCAGCGUGCCCAUUCCAUCAUCUGACGCUGGACUGCCUCCAUCCACCAGUUUCGAGUCAAGGGCCGCAACGCGUGGAAAAAGGACAAUGGUUGAAAGCGAAGUUUUGGAGUCGGUGCUGGGUAGUCUUGAAUUUACUGAAGAAUCACACUGCGAUGACUCGGAGGACUUGCAGUACAACAAACUCUUGGAGGAGAUUAUACAAUGGGUAUAG